AUGAUAUCAGUAAGAUUCUAUGGAACAAGAGCAUAUCUUAUAGACAAAAGUCUUAUACCAGUAGUUUUGUUCUGGAUUGACCCAGUUGUUGGAUAUAAUUUCAUAACAUAUGGUUCAUUCGAUACGGAACGUUGCAGUGAGGGCUUACUUUACAUCGUUCAGAAACCGAAGGACUUCAAUACAAAGAGAUAUAAGAUAGGAAGAACAUUUAAUAUAACUCAAAGAUAUGACAGUAUAGUCAAUAGAGUUAAGGUUGCGUUUGUUAACGAUAUGAGAGCUGCUGAAACAGAACUACUUGAAAAGUUUGAGAAAAUGUAUGGUGCUCCCACGAGAGGUAAAGAAACGUUUGAAGUAGAUGAGAUCGACAAAGCUAUAAAAGUAUUUGACGAAGUUGCUGAAAAAUACAUGUAA